AAAGCACGCGAAAUAUAAACAUUUGUGUUUUUAAAAGAUUGGAAUUAGCAGCUAAGCUAACAGCUACAGCUAGUGGUUAGCACGUCAUACAGUUUGUAAGCGUCUCCUGUUGUCAUGGCUGAUGCGUUCAGUAGCAGCUCGGAAAUCGUAAUUCUGCGAGUCUCGGACGUCACCGUGAAGAAAAACACUCCGGAGGACAAACUUGAAGAGUUUUAUCAGAUUAGAAAGACAUGCGAGUUCAUCAAAGAGCACAACUUUAAAAAAGUUGCUCUUCAGUUUCCUGAUGAGCUGCUGGUUGAUUCAGUGGCAGUGGCUGAGGAGAUUGAGAGAAACAGUCAAGUCAAGACAUAUAUUUUAGGAGACACGUCUUAUGGCAGCUGCUGUGUGGACGGGGUUGCAGCCGAACACGUUGGAGCUGACUGCAUCGUGCACUACGGCGGCGCCUGCCUCAGCCCGUCCAGACGACUUCCUGUGAGGUACGUCUUCGAGAAAAGACGGCUGGACGUGGACACCUGCUCCUCGUCCUUCAGAGACCUUCAUCCUGACCCUGAGACGCACGUCGUCCUCCUCUACGAUGUCAACUACCACCACGCUGUCGGUGAUCUUCUGGCCCGUCUCUCUCUGGAGUAUCCGAACCUCGUUGCCUCAGAGCUCGUUAUGGAAGGUGAUCAGAAUAAGCCCCGCCUCUCUGAAGACCAGCAGGUGGUCUGUCAGUUUGGAAGGCGGUUCGUCUUGAAGAGUGGGACCACCCUGACGGAUUACAGGAUGUUCUACGUUGGCCAGGAGGGGGCGACRUUACGGAACUUCAUGAUGACGUGGAACCGCUGCUCCUUCUGCUCGUUUGACCCUGACUCGUCGACGGGGAGGGCGGAGUCUGUAAACGUUAACCGCGCUCUGAUGAAGCGAUACUACGCCAUAGAGCGGGCCAAAGAUGCCGGUGUGGUGGGCAUCCUGGUGGGCACCCUGGGCGUGGCCGACUACCUGGCCGUCAUCCAGCAGCUGAAGGAGGCGGUCCACCGGGCCGGGAAGAAGAGCUACCUGUURGCCGUGGGGAAACCCAACGUGCCCAAGCUCGCCAACUUCCUGGAAAUCGACGUGUUUGUGCUCGUGGCGUGCCCCGAGAACUCGCUGCUGGACUCCGGGGAGUUCUUCAAACCCGUGUUGACGCCGUUUGAGAUGGAGGUGGCCUGCAACAGGAAGAGGGAGUGGUCCGAGGAGUACGUCACCGACUUCAGGUGCCUCCUGCCAGGUGGCCAGAGUCACGUUCCGUUGUCUGACCAGCAGGAGGAGGAGGAGGAUGAGACGGAUGUGUCUUUAAUCACUGGAGCUCUGCGAAGCCAGAAUCUGAACCGGGACCCUGCAGAACCCUCGUCUGGAUCUUCUGUGGUCCUCAGGAACCAGACUCUGACUGUAGCCAACACAAACUCAGCCGCGUGUUUCCUGGCAGGUCGGAGCUGGCGUGGUUUAGAGCCGAAGCUGGGCGAGACGCCGGUGGUGAAGGCAGUGGAGGGCAGGAGAGGCAUCGCCAUCGCCUAUGAAGAGGAAGGAACAUCGUGACAAUUCAGAUUAUUUAUUCAUUUAAAUGCGUAUCAAACCUGAGUGAUUAUUAAAUGAUUUUCUUAAAUAAAAGGCUGGGUUUUGUUUUUACCA